AUGCAUCCUCUUCGCUCAUCCACUUCGACCACAAAAUGGGCAACGCUGGUUCCCUUGACCUUCGCCGCAUCCAUUCGACGGAAAUGGGUUCCCAACAAAGGGCUGGUGCUGUUUCCGGCAGCAGGCGGACGGUGUCGUAAGAGGGACAGGGGACAGCGCAGUGACAACGGCUCCGUGAAGAACCCUCCGUGGAAGCAGGCCAAGGGCGAGACGGAUUUGGGAUACUAUCGCAGGCGAGAGCACUUGCAGGGAAACAAGACAAAGAAUCGAGGCUGUCGCAAGAAGAAGAAAGACAGCGAGAUCGAGAAGGCCGACACUAGCAUCGAGACGCCGGAUCAUGUGAAAAGUGAGGGGCUGACAGAGUUUCUUGACUGCGAGUGGAUUCACAGCAACGGCCAGGGCUUGAUGCUAGACAAUGACUGGAGCUCCUACUUCUUUCUUCCCAUUUUUCGUCGGCUGGCCUCCGCGGAUGUGCUAGAGGUCGAGCAGAAGAGCGGUGCAAAUGAGAACGGUGGCUCACUCAGGCUGUCCCUGUCGCUUGAAAUAUCACGCCCAGGCGAUAUUUUCGUGGGCAAGCUCGUUCGGAAGAUUCGAGAGCGGCAAGCCUCGGAAAAAUUUCGCUGCAAGACGUGGCCGGAAUGGACGCAGCAGCAAGGCAUCGUCGUUACGCGAAAAUCCAGAACGGCGACGAAGUGCAGCUCGGCAACGACGGAUCGUGUUCGCGAGCCUCAGAAGCCUCGAGGCACCGUGGCAACCGAUCCUGAGACAAGGACGGCCAAGCACUUCAAGGACUGUUGCUUGGUCGACUCCCUCAGAGCUAUGGGCCAUAAGGUGUCUUAUCGUGGAGACGGACCAUGGAAAAUUUCGGACGGCAUGCAGUGGCUGCAGCCUAUGAGGAAGACCAUUCGGCCAUGCACCUUUCACGACGCGCUCGUCGCCCAGGGCGAUUUCCUGUUGGCGUACAGCAAUCACUUCGUGGCAGCCCGGCGCAGAGACGGUGAGAAUCUCAAGGUGAACUGCGGGCGCCGCACGCAUAUGUGGAAAGAUUUGCGAGUCAAGUCGCAUUCUGGAACGCGCGCUCUUCAUCAGGAUCUCGACGGAAACAUGCUUCUGGAUCCGAGAAUGCUUGAUGCAUGUUUUCGAGUGAUGCAUCGAGAUGAUGUUUGCGAAGAACAGAGUCUACCUGCAGAAAAUGAUUACUCGGGCGGAAAGAUGGUGGAGGCCUGCGCGCAGCAGAUCUUGGAGACCUGGGAGAGCUUGCAGCUCGAGCAAAUGGAGCCCGUGGUUGUUCCUACUGCAGAGAACUUGGUCACGCUGAACAGGCGCGAUGGUUACGCAGACUCGGACGAAGAGUCCGGUUUUUGGCACUCCUGGGAGGAACUAUUCGGUUCGCAGGCGCCCUAUUCUGAAGGCGGCUUUGACGACGAUGAGGAGAAUAUCUUGCAUUCGCCCGUACCUGUUGUCGUCCACAAUUUCGAUCAGAUUGUGAAUGAUGACGACACGUUCAUUGUCUGCGGCGUGCUUGAAGAUCAAUGGAACGCAAACAGCUUUGCAGGCAGCAGCCUCGAUUAUGCUGGAGGCUCGUCUGUCUUGGGCGAGGACGGUAGCAUCCUUACGAGCAACUUGAUGCCGCAGGACGUGUUGCUCAUUCUUCCUCAGACUUACUUUUCCUUUGAAUUUCUGAGUACGUGGGCUGCAUGUUCGCGGAGCUUUCGAGAUCAUGUCCGGCAACAGCUCAACUGGAAAGGGUUAGACAUUCCUAUCGAUGUUCCGGAGUUCACGAACGACGAGGCACGGCUGAGACGCAUGCGACGACUAUGGAAACUAGCACGAAGCGUCAUCAUGACACAGGCCCAGCUUGCUUUUCUGAAUCUGCCUCUUCAGAAAGUUCUUAUUCGGUGGGAAGUGGAAAGGAUUCCCUUUUCCGGUGAGCGCUCUCGUGGCUACAUGUCCAGUCAAACCCUGCUUGGCGCAGCCAGGUUUCUUGCGGAAAUUCCUGAAGAGAUUCGAACGGUCAUGAUCGGGGUCAAGAGUCCUUUUGGAACGAGAAAGAUUUUCUUGCACAUCAGAGAGGCUUACACUGAGCGCAUGUGCUUUUGCUUUUCUAUGUCAGGCAGAAUGGACAACCUUCCCACUGAAAAGUUUCCCGACAACGUCCUGUUUUCUGAGUUGCGCAAUGAAGUUACACUGAUCUGGAAUUCUCGAAUGUUUGCCGUGCAGAUCAACCAGCACAUGUUUGGGCCGGUGCAAGUGCGAGAGGACUUGCCGAGCGGGCCAUCGUCGCAAGCGAUUCCUUUCAUCUGGGCGAGCAAUCCUAAGCGAAGUCCAAACUCGCCGAGGAUUCAAAUGCUGCCGUUGCUCACACCUGUUCUUCCAGACGCACGAUGCCUCUGCAUCCUAUGUGGUCUAGAGAGUGGCUUGAAUGAACAGCAAUGGCGAGUUUGCGUGGACUGCAACACGUGGGUUUGCAGAGAACACGCCCGAGCACUUCCGAACAUGCAGUGCCCAGGGUGUCCCUUAGUUCUGGCCGAUUAUCUGGGCGGCGCUCUCCCGCCGCCUCAAAUGCCUUGGGAAGUGGUCAUGUCCUUGCCUCAGUACUUUUUCUCCUACUCCUACAUGAAGAACCUUGCCGCCGCCUCGAAAGCGUGCAAGGCUGCGAUUGUCUGGGGCGAGGCGUGGCGCAAUAAGGUCGUCGAAGUGACGUGGCCCGAGUUCACCCAAACCAUUUUGCUUCGUCGAGUGGAGCCUCUCUGGCGCCACGCCAGAAUUGUGGUCUUCGACAUCGCGCAGCUGGCCCAGGUCCUGGAAAUGCCUGAGACAGCUCACGUGCACUUCAAUGUGACAUCUUAUCAAGGCUUUCUGCGCGGCGGCAGAGUAGUGCAAGGCUUCGAGUCCAACCAGCCUCUCAUGGGCUGCGCCAAUUUCGAACUCCAUUUGCCUCCACGAGCCAACGGCAUCUACUUCGGCGUGCAAGACCUGGACGGCAGGAAGAGAUCUUACUGUCGUGUGGACAAUCUCUUCACAGCAGACAUCGCUUGGUCUUUCGGCGUCACAGGAAGCCGCGUCCAGCGACAUCCUCGUGCCGACCAACAUCAUUUCUUGCCGGGCUAUGCCAACCGCGUCUGCAUGAAAUGGAGCCAGAGGUCGUUCGCCGUCAACUUGAACGACGAAGUGGUGAUUCGGGCAAGGCUUCGCGACGAUGUCGGCGACUCUGCCAUGGCGGCGCACAAUUUCUUCGAGAAGUUGGUAUGCAGCGACUACAUUCGGUAUGUUGACGCAGGCGGCUUUGUUGAAAACGGCGCCUUUCUGGAAGCGACGACCAAGUUCGAGCUCGUGAUUUCGAGCAUAUACAGGCGCCAUGCCGGUUUGUUCCAGCGUCUUCCUGAAGCCAUCAAGCUCCUUCCGCAUCCGAUGAUGCGUGCGGCUAUGACGAAGAGACUAUGGGAGGAAACGCUGGGGAGGACACGAACAAUUCUGGAUUUCUUGGAAGAGACCAAUCUGAACAUGAACGUUGUCUUUUAUCGCUACCUGCACGCGCAAGCGUCAAAACUACCACAGUGUCAGCUCCAGGUGUUAGGACGAUUACCUCAUCCGGUGGACUUUCCCGAUGAGAAGGACUGGUUCCGUUUGGCCUUCGAGUUUUCCUUGAGCCUGCACUUGCUCUUGGUGACUGGCACCAUUGACGGGGCGACUUCCACGUCUUCCGGCGAAGCGAAAGAAGAAAACGUUCAAUGCGAAUGUCGCAGUGAAAAGCUGAUAGAGGAGGAGGAGAUCACGCGCGCACCUUGCUUGGUCGUCGGCUUAACGGACAACUGGACUGCAUUGUGUUCCAGUUCCAGUGCUAGAACCUGGCAAGACGUGCGGGGAGGUGCGUCCGAGCACAGAGCAAGUCACUCAGAGUGGUUUCUUUUGAGCUUGCGUCGCGCAGAAGCUCUUUCUCGGCAGCACGAGAGACGAAGCAGCCAAGAGCACGGCCUUCUACCUCUUGAUGGUUUUUCUUUGUGGAACAAAUGCUACAGCCCGUACUGUUGUCCGUCGUACGGAACGCAUACGUCCUCUAUCCGCUUGCCGAUGUUUUCAUUCACGCACGAGCUGCCUCCCGUGUUGGAAGCCGCCCCGCUUGACUGGCAAAGCUUCAAGUGUCCGGAGAUUUCAUGCGGCCUCUUGUCUCGGGUACAUCGGCAUCUCAGGGAUCAGCGGAUAAGCUUCACUGCAGGCAAUCACACGUACCAUGUCGACGGAAAAAAAGUUUCGAUCUCGGUCACGGGUCUCGUGCAUUUCUUUGCGGAAGAGUUCGAUGCUGAUGCUGCUAUCGCGUGCAUGAAACGAAGUCAGAACUGGCCCAGAGAGGCAUACGCCAAAGUCGUGGACGGAAAGCUGCAGCCCUUGCCGGACGCGGAGAUUAAAGAACUCUGGCGCAAGAAUUCAGUGGAGGCUUCUGCACGAGGAACUUGGAUGCACUUGCAAAUCGAAGUUUUCUUGAACGGAGGCUGCUCUGAGAAUCCUGGAGUGGAGAUUGAUCUCUUUGCGAAGUUUCUUCAGCAGUUUCCCACGCGGCUCCUGGCCUUUCGUACAGAGUGGUGCAUUUAUGCAGAGAAUGAAGAUCUGGCUGGAUAUCUGGGUCCCUUCAUCGACGAGGUUCCGGACAUGGCACCUGAGGUGCACGCUAUGUUACAGAGUCGAGCACGAAGCACGGCGCCGCCUGCAUGGCAGGAUCUCAGCGGCGGAGCUGAGGCCGACAGCCAGACAUCUUUUGGGCGCCAGAUCGAGGACGAGUUGGAGAUGCAAGUUGAUGACGAUAAUGCCCGCCGUUCAUUGGAAGAAGCCUUCGCUGCUGGGCUAGUCUUUGAUGCUGCGCGCAGUGUCAGCCAAGGAAAUCUUGUGCCUUCUGAAGAAGACAUUUUUAGAGACGCCAAGAAACGACGUUGUAUGCCUGGAGCGGAAACUACAAUGGCGCGUUUGCAGGAGAUUUUUCAGAACAGCGAUGAGAGCUGUGCAGAAUCUUUCCUGAGCAUGCCGCCUGCGGUGCAGAGGAUUCAUGAUCGCACGAUCGUCCAACAGAAGAAGACAUACCUUGCCCUGGUGUCGCAACGGCAUCCGACCUGGCCGGAAACAGUUCAACAUCUUGCAGCAGCGGCGCUUACAUGUUACCGCACUCGUUUGAGCGACAUGUUUGUUCGCGAUUACGUGGCAUUGCUUUGGGUGAUGGAAGGAGAUCGAUUUCUUCGGGCGCACAACGGCACCUGCUACCUUUAUCACGAGCACGGAGCAUUCCAGGCCUUCGUGGGCAUGCCUCCAGAAUCGACGUUCUCCAGGGUGAAGCCUUUUCUGUUGCAGUUGGAAGGAAUGUUCAGGUUGAUGAGUUCCCGAGUGGAGCGCUCGGACUAUUGUCUGCUCGAUGAGAUCGCGCGCCUUUUUGACGAGCACAACAGCGCCUGCGAGUUCUUGAACCGUUGCCUCGAUGAAGCCAUCAUGACAGCUGGAACACGUUCUACUUCUAGACGACAGAUGAAUCGGCUGGAGGCACCGGAGAGGGGCGUGGAUGCACCGGCAGAGGCUCCUGCUGGCACACCUUCGUGGCCGUUGUUUACAGCGGACAUGAUUAGCCGUGUAGCUGCCCCUCUGCAGCGAGACUUGCUCGAGGACCCGGUGUUCCGGCAGGCCAAAGACAGGCUGGAAAAGUUUCUGAGGGGACCAACGGAGAAGAAAGUCAGGGCUGCGUGCGGUCUGGAGGAUCGCAAGCAGGAAGGCGGCUCGAGUUCAGCCACGGCACUUGCUCAUCUCGUCCGGUCGGCCACAACUGUUCAAGACGCAAACGAAGAUGCGUCUGCUGAAUGUUUGCAUGAGAGAGUGCGAAACGCAAUGAUUUCUUACGGUCUGAACACGCGUGGCACUCCGGCAACGAAGUUGAAAUUCAGCAAGGCCUGGUGGACUCGGUACUCGUCCUCGAAGAUCGGCAACAGGACAUUGACGUUGGAUGUCUUGCAGGACAAAAAAAUGGUCAUUUUUGCUGGCGGUGCUGGAGACAAGGGAAACGUGAGCCAGUCCUUCGUGCCCAUCAUUCCCUUGAAAAAAGAGCUUGAUCACGUCUGCGACAUAGCAGCUCCCGAGCAACGCACGCAGCUGCAAGAAUGCUACGAUGCUCGCGCGCUCUGGAAAAUUGCUGAGCAGAAUCCUUCCCGAGAAACUAACGUCCAGAUAAUGUUGAGCUGCUACGACAAGAUCUGCCAAAGACUUCAACGUCGACGAGGCAAGAAAAGCGUUCACUUGCUGGAGAUGCAGGACGCAUGGAUGUCACGGAAGAAGAAGCUGGAGAAUCAAGAAAAUGCACUGCAAGACUUAUUGGAACUUCUUGAAUCUGCUCGCAAGAAGACUUCGGAGGACGCAGCAAGCUCGCAAGCUGCCCGCAGCAAGCCAUCGCAGGAAACAGGAGAAAAAAGACGUGCGAGAAGGAAGAGGCCGGACGCCGUAGAAGCUCUGGACGCGUCAGCGUCUUCGACUGCAAGGCAGCGAAAAGAGAACCCCCACGGUGAGGAUGCAUUCGUCACGCAAGAGACAAUUUACGGGAUCGUGCCGGCGAAUUUGGGCAUUCGCACGAGGCGUUAUGCCAGAGGAGCGGCUGCUCAGCAUCUCGGCAGAGCCUGGCAGGCAUUAGUCCUGAGCCACACAACGGAUCUGGACAUCGUGAACUGUUGCUUCAAUAUCAUGCUGCAGUUGCUCGACAAGUUGGACGUCGAUCAGCGGGAGUGGAGCAACCAGAAAGAGACACUGAGGACAUAUGCUCAGGUGAGUGAACGCACCGGCUUGUUCAUGAAUCCGACGUUUGCAGCAGCAAGCACACCUUUCUCGGCCGGCCAGAAGAAGCUCAUGCAUCUUCAUACACAAGGAGAUCCACAUUGUGUCGCAUUGGAAGUGGUCACCGCAAACGAAUUUAUCAUCACAGAUGAGAAGAAGCAGUACAAGGUCAGCUCCACGGACUUCUUGAAAUGCCUCAAGGCUGCUGUAGACUCGAAGUACAUCGUUCUUUUUGAUAUCUUCGGGAGCGAAGCAGAAGCAAAUGCAGCACAAGCAUCGAACACGGAUGACGCUUUGACCGCCACAGAGAUGGACAGUUUGCGGUGUCUUCAUGCAGCGGGCGAGGCGCAGGAUGAUGACUUCGUGGUGGACAUGGAAGAAGCAACUGACGCGGAAGAGCCGCCGGAGGAGUCAGAAGACGAAGGCAUCGUGCGCGUCGGCGACAGAUUGUUGAGUUCCCUGAAAAAUGAAGUCACGCAACUGAAAGCUGAGUGCAUUCCUAGGAGUGACGGCGAGUAUAGGUGCCCGUUUUGUCCGUGGCGGUCUUGGGCAGCGAACCAAUCGAAGAAGAGAGUUCUUGAUCACGUCGAGAAGUACCACGACCACAUCCACCAGUUCGUGUACUCAUUGCAUGCGGCAUUGGUUGCGCGCUUCCCCCCAGAGACCUGCAGCUUGCUACCGCGGCACGUCAAUCACUGGUGGCCAAUUCUAGAAGAUUUGUUUACCUGCCCCAAACUCAUGUGCGUCAUGCAGGGUUUGAUGCAAGAAGUUAUGCAGCACGAUGAGCUACAAGUCAUCAGCAUCGACUGCACGAUGAGAUGCUGCCUGCCUCUGAUGGGACAAGCUCAUCCUCGGUCUAGCCAGGAGGCAAAGCGAAGCGCAGCUUUCCGCGGCCAGGUGAUGACAGUGCGCGGCAGAACCAAUGCGGUUGUGGUUCUGGAACCACUCGCAGCAGACGACUCGGAGACCUGCGUGCGUGUCCUGGCUGAGACUCUCCCGGCGCAAGCAUUGGCCCAGGAAGAGAUGUUGCGCAAUCACAUCGAAAACCGGUCCAUGCGUCUGCGCGACGCUGAGCACAUUCUGGCACAAAUUAAUUCGGAAAUCCCAUUUUUUGUGCGGGUGGAUUUCAUUCGCGCUAUUGCAGCAUUAUGCGCAGUGUACAGUCACGAAGUUAUUCGUGUUGCGCCGGGCCCGAACAGGCAGGUGUACAAGCUGCUGCAUUCGGCCACAGCUGUCAAUCGUGCGGAGUGGUAUUUCAACAACACUCGUCUGCAGCACAUGCUGGAAGCACGCAGGCUCCCGCUACUCCCGACAGGCACCACAUCUAAUGAGAGUCUGCACAGGGAGAUUAAUGUAUGGUUCCGUGAGACUUUCAAGUUGCAUCAAACCAGUUUGCGCUUGAAACUCCAAGUUCUCAAGCUUGCCAAGAACUUGUCUCACAACAGUGCUCUGUACAGGCCGACGACACGGCAAAUGAAGCACGCGGAACUUCUUGCUCGUGCGAGCGCACGCCCACUCUGGUCGUAUGUUGAGUGGCAGAACUGGUGCAGGGAAUUAGCCCACGACAAAAUGCCAGACAAGGCCGAUCUGCCAUUGUAUAGAGAAAGAAAGCGGCAGCAAGCUGUUGUCAAAAAGGCAGCCUGCAAGAAGCCAGCCGCUUCGCCACAGACGCGCAAGAAGGUGCACCGCACACCGCACACCUUGAAGCGCAAGGAGCCGAACUUGGUGUCGCGUUUUCUCUCAGUUGCAACUGACAGAGGAUCAGUGCAAAGUUGGUGGACCUUCACCGGUAUUGUCUCCGGCGGGGCACAUGCAGACCAGUCCGAAGGAGUUUGCCAGCAGUUGCAGCGCCUGGCAAUGCACAGGCCAGUCUCCGCUCCGCACCUCCCUCGCGCCUCGCUGGUUGAGGAGGAGGGGGCGGGAGUGUGGUCGCGGCUCGGCAACAUUUGCAGGCCAAGUUCAGCUCCGCACCUCCUUCGCGCUUCCCUGGUUCAAAAGGAGGGGGCGCUCCGUGCGCCCGUAGAGGAGAAGGAAGAGGAAUCGGAGGAAGAAGUGCAGGACAGACCGGAGGAGCAGGCGGAGGAGGUGAUAGAUGCAGAAGCGGCGGCUUCGACCCAGGAAGAGCAGGAGGAGGGCGAGGAUUGGCGAGCCGGUGCUGCGGCCAAUUGGCAGUGGCAGUGGCAGGACGGCACGGAGGAUCGGCGCUACACAGACAUGUACGCCUGGCCUUCUCAGGAUCGGCGCUCCACAGACAUCUACGCCUGGCCUUCUCAGGUCCCGGAGCCGUCCACAUCCUCUCGACCAACACGCAAUGUGGAGGACUGGCUGCCGAGGGCAGAAGAGCUGUGGAUCGACUUUCGGGUCGUUCUGCUUGCUCUUCUGCACGAAUGGUCUGUAAAGUGCAGCAAGACUAUUCUGGAACAGCAGAGCUUCCUUCUGCAAAUGAUCCAGGCUAAGUGGACUGAAACUGUGGGUGCGAACCGGACCGAGCUUCGCAUACCGUCCGACUGGUUCGGGCGGCAGCUUGCUCCGGUGACCUUGGGUUUAUUUGAUGAGGCCCUGGAGCUCCUUCCCAACACGGAAGAGACUCUGCAUCAACGCAUCGGAAAGGCCAUCAAUUACCUCGAAGGCCGGCGUCGCUUGUUUACGUGCUUGAGAAACGCCAUAUUUUGUCCUCGCUCCAUCGUCGUGUUAGGUCGAAAGGAGCCGCGCGAGUUGUCUGAUGUUGAUCGCUUUGAGAGGCUGACGGGCACAGUAGUUCGCGUAGACACCCUCAAGACUGGAAAGCUGGUGCACAUGGAGUAUAGUCUUGGGGGUCCUGCUCGCUUGAUAUCUUCCUUCGUGAAGCCCGAUGAAAACCAUCCCGUGGGUGCAUCGAGGCAUUUCUGCGUAGGCUGGCGCUGGGACCAUUACGAUAAAGCGUGGUGCGGCCGAGAUGAGUCUGUGCGCGAGCACAGCAACCGGCGAACCGGACGCGAGGAAGAGCCUGACAACGAAGGUGGAAACAGGCGGCGGCUGCCCGACGACGCGUUUCAAGUCUUGGAAGCUUUCUUGUCGUUAGACAUCGAACAAGCUCUCAUCGACGUCUUGAAGCAAGACCAAUGCAACCUGACAGACAUGAAGAGGCGCCUCAAGACGAAAGAAGACAAGCCCGUGCCCCCGACCUCCACUUUGCAAGCAGAGCUGCAGAUAGCGGGCGAGAAAGUGAAAGUGGGCAUGCAUCCUCUUCGCUCAUCCACUUCGACCACAAAAUGGGCAACGCUGGUUCCCUUGACCUUCGCCGCAUCCAUUCGACGGAAAUGGGUUCCCAACAAAGGGCUGGUGCUGUUUCCGGCAGCAGGCGGACGGUGUCGUAAGAGGGACAGGGGACAGCGCAGUGACAACGGCUCCGUGAAGAACCCUCCGUGGAAGCAGGCCAAGGGCGAGACGGAUUUGGGAUACUAUCGCAGGCGAGAGCACUUGCAGGGAAACAAGACAAAGAAUCGAGGCUGUCGCAAGAAGAAGUCCGUCAGCAGUUGUGUUCCUGUGACGAUGACGAAGAAAGACAGCGAGAUCGAGAAGGCCGACACUAGCAUCGAGACGCCGGAUCAUGUGAAAAGUGAGGGGCUGACAGAGUUUCUUGACUGCGAGUGGAUUCACAGCAACGGCCAGGGCUUGAUGCUAGACAAUGACUGGAGCUCCUACUUCUUUCUUCCCAUUUUUCGUCGGCUGGCCUCCGCGGAUGUGCUAGAGGUCGAGCAGAAGAGCGGUGCAAAUGAGAACGGUGGCUCACUCAGGCUGUCCCUGUCGCUUGAAAUAUCACGCCCAGGCGAUAUUUUCGUGGGCAAGCUCGUUCGGAAGAUUCGAGAGCGGCAAGCCUCGGAAAAAUUUCGCUGCAAGACGUGGCCGGAAUGGACGCAGCAGCAAGGCAUCGUCGUUACGCGAAAAUCCAGAACGGCGACGAAGUGCAGCUCGGCAACGACGGAUCGUGUUCGCGAGCCUCAGAAGCCUCGAGGCACCGUGGCAACCGAUCCUGAGACAAGGACGGCCAAGCACUUCAAGGACUGUUGCUUGGUCGACUCCCUCAGAGCUAUGGGCCAUAAGGUGUCUUAUCGUGGAGACGGACCAUGGAAAAUUUCGGACGGCAUGCAGUGGCUGCAGCCUAUGAGGAAGACCAUUCGGCCAUGCACCUUUCACGACGCGCUCGUCGCCCAGGGCGAUUUCCUGUUGGCGUACAGCAAUCACUUCGUGGCAGCCCGGCGCAGAGACGGUGAGAAUCUCAAGGUGAACUGCGGGCGCCGCACGCAUAUGUGGAAAGAUUUGCGAGUCAAGUCGCAUUCUGGAACGCGCGCUCUUCAUCAGGAUCUCGACGGAAACAUGCUUCUGGAUCCGAGAAUGCUUGAUGCAUGUUUUCGAGUGAUGCAUCGAGAUGAUGUUUGCGAAGAACAGAGUCUACCUGCAGAAAAUGAUUACUCGGGCGGAAAGAUGGUGGAGGCCUGCGCGCAGCAGAUCUUGGAGACCUGGGAGAGCUUGCAGCUCGAGCAAAUGGAGCCCGUGGUUGUUCCUACUGCAGAGAACUUGGUCACGCUGAACAGGCGCGAUGGUUACGCAGACUCGGACGAAGAGUCCGGUUUUUGGCACUCCUGGGAGGAACUAUUCGGUUCGCAGGCGCCCUAUUCUGAAGGCGGCUUUGACGACGAUGAGGAGAAUAUCUUGCAUUCGCCCGUACCUGUUGUCGUCCACAAUUUCGAUCAGAUUGUGAAUGAUGACGACACGUUCAUUGUCUGCGGCGUGCUUGAAGAUCAAUGGAACGCAAACAGCUUUGCAGGCAGCAGCCUCGAUUAUGCUGGAGGCUCGUCUGUCUUGGGCGAGGACGGUAGCAUCCUUACGAGCAACUUGAUGCCGCAGGACGUGUUGCUCAUUCUUCCUCAGACUUACUUUUCCUUUGAAUUUCUGAGUACGUGGGCUGCAUGUUCGCGGAGCUUUCGAGAUCAUGUCCGGCAACAGCUCAACUGGAAAGGGUUAGACAUUCCUAUCGAUGUUCCGGAGUUCACGAACGACGAGGCACGGCUGAGACGCAUGCGACGACUAUGGAAACUAGCACGAAGCGUCAUCAUGACACAGGCCCAGCUUGCUUUUCUGAAUCUGCCUCUUCAGAAAGUUCUUAUUCGGUGGGAAGUGGAAAGGAUUCCCUUUUCCGGUGAGCGCUCUCGUGGCUACAUGUCCAGUCAAACCCUGCUUGGCGCAGCCAGGUUUCUUGCGGAAAUUCCUGAAGAGAUUCGAACGGUCAUGAUCGGGGUCAAGAGUCCUUUUGGAACGAGAAAGAUUUUCUUGCACAUCAGAGAGGCUUACACUGAGCGCAUGUGCUUUUGCUUUUCUAUGUCAGGCAGAAUGGACAACCUUCCCACUGAAAAGUUUCCCGACAACGUCCUGUUUUCUGAGUUGCGCAAUGAAGUUACACUGAUCUGGAAUUCUCGAAUGUUUGCCGUGCAGAUCAACCAGCACAUGUUUGGGCCGGUGCAAGUGCGAGAGGACUUGCCGAGCGGGCCAUCGUCGCAAGCGAUUCCUUUCAUCUGGGCGAGCAAUCCUAAGCGAAGUCCAAACUCGCCGAGGAUUCAAAUGCUGCCGUUGCUCACACCUGUUCUUCCAGACGCACGAUGCCUCUGCAUCCUAUGUGGUCUAGAGAGUGGCUUGAAUGAACAGCAAUGGCGAGUUUGCGUGGACUGCAACACGUGGGUUUGCAGAGAACACGCCCGAGCACUUCCGAACAUGCAGUGCCCAGGGUGUCCCUUAGUUCUGGCCGAUUAUCUGGGCGGCGCUCUCCCGCCGCCUCAAAUGCCUUGGGAAGUGGUCAUGUCCUUGCCUCAGUACUUUUUCUCCUACUCCUACAUGAAGAACCUUGCCGCCGCCUCGAAAGCGUGCAAGGCUGCGAUUGUCUCGGGCGAGGCGUGGCGCAAUAAGGUCGUCGAAGUGACGUGGCCCGAGUUCACCCAAACCAUUUUGCUUCGUCGAGUGGAGCCUCUCUGGCGCCACGCCAGAAUUGUGGUCUUCGACAUCGCGCAGCUGGCCCAGGUCCUGGAAAUGCCUGAGACAGCUCACGUGCACUUCAAUGUGACAUCUUAUCAAGGCUUUCUGCGCGGCGGCAGAGUAGUGCAAGGCUUCGAGUCCAACCAGCCUCUCAUGGGCUGCGCCAAUUUCGAACUCCAUUUGCCUCCACGAGCCAACGGCAUCUACUUCGGCGUGCAAGACCUGGACGGCAGGAAGAGAUCUUACUGUCGUGUGGACAAUCUCUUCACAGCAGACAUCGCUUGGUCUUUCGGCGUCACAGGAAGCCGCGUCCAGCGACAUCCUCGUGCCGACCAACAUCAUUUCUUGCCGGGCUAUGCCAACCGCGUCUGCAUGAAAUGGAGCCAGAGGUCGUUCGCCGUCAACUUGAACGACGAAGUGGUGAUUCGGGCAAGGCUUCGCGACGAUGUCGGCGACUCUGCCAUGGCGGCGCACAAUUUCUUCGAGAAGUUGGUAUGCAGCGACUACAUUCGGUAUGUUGACGCAGGCGGCUUUGUUGAAAACGGCGCCUUUCUGGAAGCGACGACCAAGUUCGAGCUCGUGAUUUCGAGCAUAUACAGGCGCCAUGCCGGUUUGUUCCAGCGUCUUCCUGAAGCCAUCAAGCUCCUUCCGCAUCCGAUGAUGCGUGCGGCUAUGACGAAGAGACUAUGGGAGGAAACGCUGGGGAGGACACGAACAAUUCUGGAUUUCUUGGAAGAGACCAAUCUGAACAUGAACGUUGUCUUUUAUCGCUACCUGCACGCGCAAGCGUCAAAACUACCACAGUGUCAGCUCCAGGUGUUAGGACGAUUACCUCAUCCGGUGGACUUUCCCGAUGAGAAGGACUGGUUCCGUUUGGCCUUCGAGUUUUCCUUGAGCCUGCACUUGCUCUUGGUGACUGGCACCAUUGACGGGGCGACUUCCACGUCUUCCGGCGAAGCGAAAGAAGAAAACGUUCAAUGCGAAUGUCGCAGUGAAAAGCUGAUAGAGGAGGAGGAGAUCACGCGCGCACCUUGCUUGGUCGUCGGCUUAACGGACAACUGGACUGCAUUGUGUUCCAGUUCCAGUGCUAGAACCUGGCAAGACGUGCGGGGAGGUGCGUCCGAGCACAGAGCAAGUCACUCAGAGUGGUUUCUUUUGAGCUUGCGUCGCGCAGAAGCUCUUUCUCGGCAGCACGAGAGACGAAGCAGCCAAGAGCACGGCCUUCUACCUCUUGAUGGUUUUUCUUUGUGGAACAAAUGCUACAGCCCGUACUGUUGUCCGUCGUACGGAACGCAUACGUCCUCUAUCCGCUUGCCGAUGUUUUCAUUCACGCACGAGCUGCCUCCCGUGUUGGAAGCCGCCCCGCUUGACUGGCAAAGCUUCAAGUGUCCGGAGAUUUCAUGCGGCCUCUUGUCUCGGGUACAUCGGCAUCUCAGGGAUCAGCGGAUAAGCUUCACUGCAGGCAAUCACACGUACCAUGUCGACGGAAAAAAAGUCUCGAUCUCGGUCACGGGUCUCGUGCAUUUCUUUGCGGAAGAGUUCGAUGCUGAUGCUGCUAUCGCGUGCAUGAAACGAAGUCAGAACUGGCCCAGAGAGGCAUACGCCAAAGUCGUGGACGGAAAGCUGCAGCCCUUGCCGGACGCGGAGAUUAAAGAACUCUGGCGCAAGAAUUCAGUGGAGGCUUCUGCACGAGGAACUUGGAUGCACUUGCAAAUCGAAGUUUUCUUGAACGGAGGCUGCUCUGAGAAUCCUGGAGUGGAGAUUGAUCUCUUUGCGAAGUUUCUUCAGCAGUUUCCCACGCGGCUCCUGGCCUUUCGUACAGAGUGGUGCAUUUAUGCAGAGAAUGAAGAUCUGGCUGGAUAUCUGGGUCCCUUCAUCGACGAGGUUCCGGACAUGGCACCUGAGGUGCACGCUAUGUUACAGAGUCGAGCACGAAGCACGGCGCCGCCUGCAUGGCAGGAUCUCAGCGGCGGAGCUGAGGCCGACAGCCAGACAUCUUUUGGGCGCCAGAUCGAGGACGAGUUGGAGAUGCAAGUUGAUGACGAUAAUGCCCGCCGUUCAUUGGAAGAAGCCUUCGCUGCUGGGCUAGUCUUUGAUGCUGCGCGCAGUGUCAGCCAAGGAAAUCUUGUGCCUUCUGAAGAAGACAUUUUUAGAGACGCCAAGAAACGACGUUGUAUGCCUGGAGCGGAAACUACAAUGGCGCGUUUGCAGGAGAUUUUUCAGAACAGCGAUGAGAGCUGUGCAGAAUCUUUCCUGAGCAUGCCGCCUGCGGUGCAGAGGAUUCAUGAUCGCACGAUCGUCCAACAGAAGAAGACAUACCUUGCCCUGGUGUCGCAACGGCAUCCGACCUGGCCGGAAACAGUUCAACAUCUUGCAGCAGCGGCGCUUACAUGUUACCGCGCUCGUUUGAGCGACAUGUUUGUUCGCGAUUACGUGGCAUUGCUUUGGGUGAUGGAAGGAGAUCGAUUUCUUCGGGCGCACAACGGCACCUGCUACCUUUAUCACGAGCACGGAGCAUUCCAGGCCUUCGUGGGCAUGCCUCCAGAAUCGACGUUCUCCAGGGUGAAGCCUUUUCUGUUGCAGUUGGAAGGAAUGUUCAGGUUGAUGAGUUCCCGAGUGGAGCGCUCGGACUAUUGUCUGCUCGAUGAGAUCGCGCGCCUUUUUGACGAGCACAACAGCGCCUGCGAGUUCUUGAACCGUUGCCUCGAUGAAGCCAUCAUGACAGCUGGAACACGUUCUACUUCUAGACGACAGAUGAAUCGGCUGGAGGCACCGGAGAGGGGCGUGGAUGCACCGGCAGAGGCUCCUGCUGGCACACCUUCGUGGCCGUUGUUUACAGCGGACAUGAUUAGCCGUGUAGCUGCCCCUCUGCAGCGAGACUUGCUCGAGGACCCGGUGUUCCGGCAGGCCAAAGACAGGCUGGAAAAGUUUCUGAGGGGACCAACGGAGAAGAAAGUCAGGGCUGCGUGCGGUCUGGAGGAUCGCAAGCAGGAAGGCGGCUCGAGUUCAGCCACGGCACUUGCUCAUCUCGUCCGGUCGGCCACAACUGUUCAAGACGCAAACGAAGAUGCGUCUGCUGAAUGUUUGCAUGAGAGAGUGCGAAACGCAAUGAUUUCUUACGGUCUGAACACGCGUGGCACUCCGGCAACGAAGUUGAAAUUCAGCAAGGCCUGGUGGACUCGGUACUCGUCCUCGAAGAUCGGCAACAGGACAUUGACGUUGGAUGUCUUGCAGGACAAAAAAAUGGUCAUUUUUGCUGGCGGUGCUGGAGACAAGGGAAACGUGAGCCAGUCCUUCGUGCCCAUCAUUCCCUUGAAAAAAGAGCUUGAUCACGUCUGCGACAUAGCAGCUCCCGAGCAACGCACGCAGCUGCAAGAAUGCUACGAUGCUCGCGCGCUCUGGAAAAUUGCUGAGCAGAAUCCUUCCCGAGAAACUAACGUCCAGAUAAUGUUGAGCUGCUACGACAAGAUCUGCCAAAGACUUCAACGUCGACGAGGCAAGAAAAGCGUUCACUUGCUGGAGAUGCAGGACGCAUGGAUGUCACGGAAGAAGAAGCUGGAGAAUCAAGAAAAUGCACUGCAAGACUUAUUGGAACUUCUUGAAUCUGCUCGCAAGAAGACUUCGGAGGACGCAGCAAGCUCGCAAGCUGCCCGCAGCAAGCCAUCGCAGGAAACAGGAGAAAAAAGACGUGCGAGAAGGAAGAGGCCGGACGCCGUAGAAGCUCUGGACGCGUCAGCGUCUUCGACUGCAAGGCAGCGAAAAGAGAACCCCCACGGUGAGGAUGCAUUCGUCACGCAAGAGACAAUUUACGGGAUCGUGCCGGCGAAUUUGGGCAUUCGCACGAGGCGUUAUGCCAGAGGAGCGGCUGCUCAGCAUCUCGGCAGAGCCUGGCAGGCAUUAGUCCUGAGCCACACAACGGAUCUGGACAUCGUGAACUGUUGCUUCAAUAUCAUGCUGCAGUUGCUCGACAAGUUGGACGUCGAUCAGCGGGAGUGGAGCAACCAGAAAGAGACACUGAGGCGAUGCGCCGAGGAAAGAGACAAAGUUAUUGAAGAAGACAUUCAAUUGGAUGGUGCCACUGGCAAAGAUGUGCUGAACAAAGUCUUCAAUGGUGGCAAUCCGACAUAUGCUCAGGUGAGUGAACGCACCGGCUUGUUCAUGAAUCCGACGUUUGCAGCAGCAAGCACACCUUUCUCGGCCGGCCAGAAGAAGCUCAUGCAUCUUCAUACACAAGGAGAUCCACAUUGUGUCGCAUUGGAAGUGGUCACCGCAAACGAAUUUAUCAUCACAGAUGAGAAGAAGCAGUACAAGGUCAGCUCCACGGACUUCUUGAAAUGCCUCAAGGCUGCUGUAGACUCGAAGUACAUCGUUCUUUUUGAUAUCUUCGGGAGCGAAGCAGAAGCAAAUGCAGCACAAGCAUCGAACACGGAUGACGCUUUGACCGCCACAGAGAUGGACAGUUUGCGGUGUCUUCAUGCAGCGGGCGAGGCGCAGGAUGAUGACUUCGUGGUGGACAUGGAAGAAGCAACUGACGCGGAAGAGCCGCCGGAGGAGUCAGAAGACGAAGGCAUCGUGCGCGUCGGCGACAGAUUGUUGAGUUCCCUGAAAAAUGAAGUCACGCAACUGAAAGCUGAGUGCAUUCCUAGGAGUGACGGCGAGUAUAGGUGCCCGUUUUGUCCGUGGCGGUCUUGGGCAGCGAACCAAUCGAAGAAGAGAGUUCUUGAUCACGUCGAGAAGUACCACGACCACAUCCACCAGUUCGUGUACUCAUUGCAUGCGGCAUUGGUUGCGCGCUUCCCCCCAGAGACCUGCAGCUUGCUACCGCGGCACGUCAAUCACUGGUGGCCAAUUCUAGAAGAUUUGUUUACCUGCCCCAAACUCAUGUGCGUCAUGCAGGGUUUGAUGCAAGAAGUUAUGCAGCACGAUGAGCUACAAGUCAUCAGCAUCGACUGCACGAUGAGAUGCUGCCUGCCUCUGAUGGGACAAGCUCAUCCUCGGUCUAGCCAGGAGGCAAAGCGAAGCGCAGCUUUCCGCGGCCAGGAAGCUUCUGCAAGAGCAGACUGA